AUGGCGAGUCGGAACGGGGCGCGGCAGCAGCCUUCGCAGGACGAGGACGAGGAAUCAGCGGGGAAGAGGCUCGAAGAUGUAGAGAGAGAUUUCGAAGCUCUCACGCUAGAUAACGUCCUCCAGAGGAUCCAAGCUUUGGAGAAAGAGAAUCAGCGCCAGAAAGAACAGUAUGCGCUUGAGAAAGAACAAUCAGACAAGAGGAUCCAAGCUUUGGAGAAAGAGAAUCAAGCUUUGAGGGCUUCCCAGGAAAAGACAGAUAUAGUGAACAAGAUGAGACUCGGUGUUUUUGACGACCUUUCUUCUGGUAGUGUCGAUCUUCCCAGUGCUCCUGCUGUAUUGGGCAAAAUUACUUGCGUUGCUUUCCAAGAAUGUGCACUCGAGAGACUAUCUGAUCGCUGUGUGGCUGUGAAAGCAUCAGCCUAUAAAGAUGGCAAGAGGGGUAACCCAGGUCCCUCCAACGAGAAAAGAUUUGACUUGAAAGGUCAAGCAAUCGGAAAGAAUAAGUCAGGGCACGAUCAAGUCUCCGAGGCACAGGUUGGAGAGAAGUCUCGCCUCAAGGAGAUCUGCGAGCCGAUGAGGGAGGACUACUUGAUCCCCAGCAUUUUUCCAGGUGACAUGGAGAAACUUCAUCAGGCUCUAGAGUACAUCGAGAUACUACUCAAGGAUGUUGCUGCGAUUCAGUGCGGUCAAGAACUGAGCCUCGAAGAGCUACUGCAGAAUGCCGGAAUCUCGACCAAGUCGGCACGGGAGAAGUUGAGAGCAGAGAAAAUGGUCAAGACAUUCAAGGGACUGGAAUCUACAACCGAGGAGAUUGUUUGUUUCCGCUUAAUAAGCAGCUUGGACGAAGGAAUGGAUUUCGACUGCGAGCAUUGCUUACGAAUCGCGUUUGGCUUGGAAUACGACGAGGAGGCGAAAUAUGAGUUCAGAAAACAGUCCGGAGGCAUCACAGUUUUCGGCCGAAAAGUCUUGUGGGUCUGGUACAAGCGCAUCAUCCAGAACGACUCAAGAUUCGGAGACUUGCGCUGCGAGUACUGUUCCAAGGGACCUGUUUGGUGGCUCCGAUGA